CCGCUCCGGGUCCGACUGGGCCAUGGAGUCCAUGUCUGAGCUCGCGCCCCGCUGCCUCCUGCUUCUCUUGCUGCUGCUGCCGCUGCUGCUCCUCCCUGCCCCGAAGCUGGGCCCGAGCUCCGCCGGGGCCGAGGAGACCGACUGGGUGCGAUUGCCCAGCAAAUGCGAAGUGUGCAAGUAUGUUGCCGUGGAGCUGAAGUCAGCUUUUGAGGAAACAGGGAAGACCAAGGAAGUGAUUGACACAGGCUACGGCAUUCUGGACCGGAAGGCCUCUGGAGUCAAGUACACCAAGUCGGACUUACGGUUAAUUGAAGUCACUGAGACCAUAUGCAAGAGGCUUCUGGACUACAGCCUGCACAAGGAGAGGACUGGCAGCAACCGGUUUGCCAAGGGUAUGUCGGAGACCUUUGAGACUCUGCACAACCUAGUCCACAAAGGGGUUAAGGUGGUGAUGGACAUCCCCUACGAGCUGUGGAAUGAGACCUCAGCUGAAGUGGCUGACCUCAAGAAGCAGUGUGAUGUGCUGGUGGAGGAAUUUGAAGAGGUGAUCGAGGACUGGUACAGGAACCACCAGGAGGAAGACCUCACUCAGUUCCUGUGUGCCAACCAUGUGCUGAAGGGCAAGGACACCAGUUGCCUGGCAGAGCGGUGGUCUGGCAAGAAGGGGGACAUAGCCUCCCUGGGAGGGAAGAAAUCCAAGAAGAAGCGCGGCAGGGUCAAGGGUUCCAGUGGCGGUGGCGGCAGCAGCAAGCAGAGGAAGGAACUGGGGAGCCUGGAGGAGGACGCCAACCCAGACGAGGAGGGCGUGCAGAAGGCGUCUCCCCUUCCACACAGCCCCCCUGACGAGCUGUGAGCCUAGCUUAGUGUCCAUGGAUCAAGACCCCAGACGAGAGCUGAAGCGCUUGGGACGUGGCUCCAGCAAGGACGGCUCUGUCCCAGUUUCCGGUCUCCUCCCUUGGCUGUGCCCUCUUUCUUCCCUUGAACAACAAGAAGUGGAAGGAUCUGGGGUGCUGGGAGUCCCCAGCCCAAAGGGAAGAGCAGGAGGCGGCUCUCUUUCUAUACAGCCCCCGUCAUGAGUGGGUCCCACCCAGCAUCCCCAGGCUGCGACUCCUGACCUUGAAGCUGACGAGCAUGAGGCCCACAGGGUGCUCGCAGUGCCUCUCACCCAGGAGGGACAGAGCCCGGGAAGCACUCAGUGCAGCCUCCGUAGCCAGACCUGCCUCUUCCUCCACCAAGUAUCCUCUCUGCCCGUCCUUGUCGGGUCUUGUCGGUCGUGAGUUUCAGAACUUUGAGGAUGAACUCAGGAGGUGUGCACAAGGGGCCGGACACCACAGCUGCAGCCACUCCAGACCUGCGGAGAGGACGCCUCACCUGACGCCACCGGGAAGCAAAACCACAGCCCCCAUGUCUACCCACCCUUCCUGAGGACACUCUCUGCCCAGCCCUCCUCCCCAGGGCUACCAGAGUAAACACCUUUUGGCCUUUUGGUUUGGUUCUUGGGUCCUCUUCAGCCUCCAGAGUGCCCCCUCCCAUGUCCCUUUUCUGCCUAUGUCCCCCAAGUCCCAGGUACUGGAAAGGCUGUCACUGUCAUUGGAGGCUUAACCUGCUAGUUACUAGGAGGAGCAGGUACUGGGAGCACGGGGGGGGGGGGGGGGUUGGUUUGGAGUCAGUCACUCAGAGGUUCUCAGUCUUCUAACAUUGCAGCCCCUUAAUACAGUUCCUCAUGUUGUGGUGACCCCCAUCCCCAACCAUAAAAUUAUUUUCGUUGCUA